AUGUCCCUCUUCAAGGUACGGAAUUGGUGGAAAACUCAGUGUCCAACGGUGGAACCGUCGUACGAUUCGUUCUCGCUACACUGUGCCCGGCUUUGUCUGGAAGAGGGUGAGAAGGACAGUAUCGUGAUUGGAUGCCACUCGGGACAGCUGUGCAUCUAUCAGCCCUCGGGUGCGCGGACAGAGUUACCCGAUCUGGAUGCAGAAACCGAAGGACACCCCGCCAACCAGCGGCUACAGGGCGAUGCACUCGAGAAUCAGUUUCAACCCUCGGAUGUCCUGCUCGAGGUGAUGCUACCGCUGCCCGUGAUCGGUGUAUCAAGUGGCAAAUUCACGACCAGUGCAAGUAGAAACGAUCCCCGGCAGCAGCUGGCCGUACUGCAUCCGAUGCGAUUGUGCAUCUUUCAGAUCGUCACCGUCGAAGGAAUCGCCGAGCAUGGAGACUACACGAAACUGGUGCCACUGUACGACCAUGCGCUCGCCAAACCUGCCUUCUCCUUCUGCCAAGGCCCUUUCGGGGGCAUCAAGGGGCGCGAAUUCCUGUGCGUGCAGCAUCUGGACAGUUCGCUGCGGUUCUUCGAGCAGGAUGGUAUAAGCUACGAACGGACGCUGGCCACGGAUCGCCAUCUACCAUCACCGGUGCGGUAUGUAGUGCGGACCGAUUGCUUCGUUACGGUGGCACCGAGCUGGGUGCUCGAGUGUUAUCGCUAUCAGGAUAUUGCAGAGGCGCAGGAGGCGUUGCGACGUCACGAUCCAAUCUGGUCACUGUGCGUCGGUGAGUACGCACUCGAUCUUAGCGUCCAUCAGAUCUCCAGCACGGAAUCCGUCAUCGUGGUGCUUGGAGAGAACAACCUACUGUGCGUGUCCGAUACCGGUAAGGUACGGUUCAUCAAGAAGCUCGACUACUCACCGAUCUGUUUUCACGCGUUCGUCGUCGGCUGGUACUGGGAACCCGGUGCCCGGUUACUGUUGGCCGUCGUAUCGGAGAGCGGAUCGCUGUUGAUUUACGAAAACGAUAAAAUCCUUUGGUCGGCUCAACUCCCGGACAUCCCGGUAGCGCUCAGUCGUGCCAAUGUUAGCGGACUACCUGGAGCACUGGUGACGCUCGGUCAAACGGGAUCACUUACGAUCGGUUAUCUCGGAUCUGAGCCGGAGCUAUUCAAGGUGCCUGCCCUUAACCUUGCUCCACUUGAGCUGGAUCGUUGCCAGCGGGAACUGUUGGCACUAGAGCGUGAGAUACGGGCCGGGGUUGAUCCAAGCGAUGCCAGCAUCGCUAAUGCGGCCGCAGAACGAGAUGUCACACUGGAGCUCUCAAUCGAUAACUGCAUCCCCUGCACACAUCCGACCAAUAUUACCACCAGCACUGGUGCUGCUACAUUGGAGAUGUGCCGGCUAAGUGUGACGGUUCACGUUUCGCUUAAUCUCGAGAUGCUGCAACUGACCGUCGCCCUCGAUCCAGCCAUCCGCUGCACCAAGGAAUCGUUCCUCUUUCGUGAUGUUCUCGCAAAUAGUACGGAACUGUUCGAGGUUUGGCUGUAUCCGUACGAGGCGGCCACUCCUGCCUCACUAGCCGUAACCGUAUCCUGUUCCUACACCAACAAGCAAAGCAUUACGCGAGUCCUGCAACGCCUCGUAGCGCUACCACUGCAGCUCUUCGUGAAGUCCUGUCCUGCAUCGAAGGAAGCCAAGCAUAAGAUCACUCUGACGGCCUCGAGCAAUGCUGUGGCGGCCGCGGGAGGUACCGGAUUGAAUGCUCUGUUUCCGGAGUUUUGUACUUCGGAAGGUAGCCAGACGGCCUUAGGAUUGCAAUCGCUGGUCGAUGGGCGUCGAGUGACGAUCGUCGCGGCCAAAAACACGAACCGUUUCCGGAUACAAUCCGAUGAGUUAACCCUCCUACCGCUCGUGUUCGAGUGUCUGCUAAAACGGUUCAAUCCGGAGCCAGCCAAAACGCCGAAAGGUCGACCAGGGAUCACUGUUAACAACGUACCACCGGUGAGCGAACUGGCGAACCAUUUUCGUAUUCAUCAUGAUCUGAGGAGAGAAUUGAAACAUCUUGAGACUGAACUGGAGAUUGCUACCAGCCAGAUGCGAUUGUUUGAGCGACGAUUUGUCGUUAAGCUGCAGGAUCGUUCGUUGCGCGCUCUGGACGGAGUGCUGCUGUUGCUCAAGCGGAACCAUUCCCAUGUGGCCAAGCUCUGCCAGAUGCUGAAGACCAUGCGCCAAGCCGUGAAGCUCUCCCAGAUACACCUCGGUGCCGUAUUGCAAUUGUUCAGUCUGUGCUACUGCCACUCGGCACUCGGAACAUCGGGUGGGGUAAAGUAUCUGGAGUACCUCCGAGGGUUACUGUCCAGCACCGUGAUCGAUAGUACGGAACAGAGCUACGAACAGAUGCUGUUACCGGUUGCAAGAUUUCUUGAGCAAACGGGGCCCCUACGGAACGUACUGGACGGAACGGAAGGAUCGGAACCUACCUUCGAUGAACCUUACUUGCUCGAGACCGAAACGGUAGAUGAAACGACUCGUGCCGCCCAGCAUCAUAAACUAUUCGAGAAAUACUUACAUCGUGUGCUGGAACGCGUUAACGGUAAUCUUGCUACCGCAUCGAAAGCGAUCGUCGGUAACAGUUCCGGUAGUGGUCGGAACAGUGUGGACUUUGAGGAUCAACCACUACCGGAAGCGCCCAAUGAGGAUGGCGAUGAAGAGGAGACUGAGCGGAGCGAACAGGAAGGCACACAAAGCGAUCACGGUGCUCCGGACGGUGCCGCUUCACCUAUUGUCCACACUAAGGACACGAGACACCAUUAA